CUGGAAGGUUCAGGAAGAGUUCGAUUACAUGAUGAGCACACACACACUGGACUGAGUCAGCUAUAAACCGACCUGCUUCCCUCCUCCAUCUCGGCUGUCCUGACAGAGCACAGAGCGAGGUGUGUUUGAUUUUUGUCUCAGAGCAGGAUGAGUGUUGUAAAACAGGUGAUGCUGCUGCUGCUGGCAGCCAUUGGCACCAACGCAGCGCUGGGCCCUGAAGACUGUGACGGUCUGAAUGUGACGCUGCCAGCAAACCAGCUGCACGAGAUUUAUGGGGGCUGGGUUCUGGUCUGGUCCAUCGCUGACAAUCUGCCAUUCUCGAGCCUGAUAUCGAACCUUUCCAGCUCUAAAAUCGAGCUCCGACUCCUCCCUGACAACAGCACCAUCACCUACCACGAGUGGAACUUGUUCCAAGAUAAGUCAUGUACUAGGUACUUACUCAACAUGUCGCUGGUCUCCGGCUCCGAAAACUUCACACUGAACUACAUCACGGGCACCGUGGAGAAGAACGGCGUCGUCAGUCAGUACAACGACUCCUUCAAAGUGACUUUCUUUAAGAUGUGCCCGGACUGUCUGAUGAUGGUCUACAGAGGAGACGCGGGACAGAUACUGCUCAGCUACAGGAAGGAGGGGCAUCAUCAGGAUGUUGAGCAGCUGAAAGCGUCACACAGAGAUAACGAGAAAAUGGCCGAGUGUUUGGGACUUCCUCACGCCAACGCGUUCAGCUACGACGGAGCAGCAGAUUUUUGUCCUAAGACGUCUCCUCCUGCAGCGGUGGAGCUUGAGCGGCCAUGAAUGAAAACAACAUUUGUCAAACAUUCACACAGUAAAUAAAAGUGAACACUGAAUGUUAAAAAUAACUCUGUGGGGUGUCGACAGGUUCAGGUGGUAGAGCCUCUGCCCCGUGUACGAAGGUCACGUCGUUCCCGUGUCUCUCUCGGCACGUACCUGUCACUCUUCAGCUAUCUGUCAAAAAAAUAAAAAGAAUAACUGU